AUGAUUGACAGCAUUGGUGCCAACCGGGAUGCGAGUAACCUUUGUGAAGAUCAGGUAACCAACCCUGGUGGGAACUUGGGUCGUAUGCUGACAGGGAAAGGGGGGCGUCUACAGGGUACGCUCUGUGGGCGCUUUGUGAGCGUCUGUUCACCAGUGGUGCGGCUCACCAAUCUCCACGAGCGUCUGUUCUCCAAUAGGAGCGGUUCGGAACAGCGUCUGAUCUCCAGUGGAGCGGCUGAAGCUGAAAUGCGGAACCUCGUCAGCUAUACCCAAGGUGGCAAUCCCAUCACGAGGUCCUCCCGCGGAAUGGUUGUCCGCAGCACCUUCUUUCCUCGCAAGGAUAUCCACAAGGCUACCUGGAGAUCACCGGACCUACGUACCUGCAACCAAAUCGACCACGUGCUAAUUGACGGCCGCUUUUUCUCGGACGUCACGAACAUUCGCAGCUAUCGGCAGCCUAAUGUGAGUUCUGACCACUAUCUACUCGGUGUCUGCAUGCGAUCAAAGCUAGCAAUGAUCUACAAACCCCGGGUCGCUAGAGCGCACCGCUUCAACAUUGACCUGCUAAAGGAUAAUGAAGUGGCUGUGCGCUACGGUCAGACUCUAGAGGCGGCACUUCCAUCAGAGGAUGAGGCCUCUACUGCACCAAUGGAGGAGGUAUGGACUAAAAUUCGCCAUGCAGUGGAAAGUUCAGCUUCCAGCAGUCUGGGUGCUAGAACGAGGUCACGAACAUCAGACUGGUUUGAUGCGGAGUGUCAGCUGCUCGCUGACCAGAAGAACUUUGCCUGGGGUAGAAUGCUCCAAGCUGGAACGAGAGCCAACGUGGAGCAGUCUAGUGAGCCUGCCAUAGACAUGUGCCGGGAUAGGGAGGGUGGAUUGCUCACCAGCUCUGGCGAGGUGGUUGAAAGGUGGAGGCAGCACUUCGAGGAGCACCUAAAUGGGGUUAACUUGAAUAGGAGCAUGGAUGCGGAAGUACCACUUGGGGCACCUGGGCACGAUGAUGAUUACCCGGUUCCAUCCCUGUACGAAGUCGUGCAAGUGAUGCGGAAGCUUAAAAGCAACCGAGCUGCGGGUGAUGAUCAGCUCUCUGGUGAGCUCUUCCAGCACGGAGGGGAGAGCCUAGCUCGAGUGCUUCAUUUGGUGAUCGGCAAAGUUUGGGAGAUGGAAGAACUACCCCAGGACUGGAUGACCGGUGUCGUUGUACCGGUCUUCAAAAAAGGGGAUAGGUUGGACUGCGAGAACUACCGUGGCAUUACCAUACCAAAUGCCGCCUAUAAGAUCUUCUCUCAACUUUUGCUCCACCGGUUGCUGCCCCUGGCCGAAAACUUUGUUGGGGAGUAUCAAGCCGGCUUCAUGGAUGGACGCUCGACAACUGACCAGCUGUUUACGCUCCGGCAGAUUUUACAAAAAUGCCGUGAGUAUAACUGCAGAACACAUCACGUCUUCAUUGACUUCAAGGCGGCCUAUGACAGCAUUGACCGGCAACAGCUGUGGAUGCUGAUGAAGGAGUUUCAGUUUCCGAACAAGCUGAUCAGGCUGUGUAGGGCGACUAUGGGCAAUGUGAUGUGUUCUGUAAGGGUCGGUGGUGUCGCGUCCGCUCAGUUUGCUUCCCAGAGAGGGCUGAGGCAAGGGGAUAGCCUUUCAUGUAUCCUGUUCAACGUGGCCUUAGAAGGUGUGAUAAGGCGAGUAGGCAUCGACACGCGAGGUACCAUCUUCUGGCGCUCAAUUCAACUCCUGGGCUACGCGGACGACAUUGACAUUGUUGCGAUCAACAAGAGGACGGUUGCGGAAACGUAUGCUGGACUUAAGUCAGAAGCUCAGCGAGUUGGACUCCAGAUCAACACGUCAAAGACAAAAUACAUGCAAGGAUUAGGGUCUAGGGAUAACACCCCAGAUACCUUUCCCGGCAUCACCUUGGAUAACGACACUCUGGAGGAGGUGGACUCAUUCGUAUACCUUGGAUCCCAAGUCACAUGUGACUCGGACACAUCCUUGGAAAUUCGGAGGCGCAUCCUCGCUGGAAAUCGCACCUUCUGUAGUCUACUAUCUAACUACAGUUCCUAUUACUAUAAAUUCCUAUAA